AUGGGUCGCACCGCAGGACGGAGUAGGGGAUGCAAAAAUUGCCUUAAACGGAAAAUCAAGUGCGAUGAAAAUGCUCCGAUAUGCAGAGAAUGCUCCAACGCCAACCUUGAAUGUUCUGGUCCAAGACUUGGUCCUGUGUUCAUCGAUAUGAGCAACAAGAUCAAGAGAAGUACAGAAAUCAAGCGGACAAAGGCACCAUGCCGUGAUUCAACUGGCCGUGACUCGGACCACAUCAUGUUUCAGUUCAGUCUGCCUACAACCUAUACCCCGAAUGCCGCUCCUCUUUUCGAACAACUCUACCUAUCAAAUCUCAUUGUAUCAUACAGUUGUCCGGAAGGGCAAAGAGCUGGUUUGCACAUGUGGAUACCUAACUUACCCCGGAUGCUGGCUUCAUGGGAGAAUCCGGUAAUCACCUACUCCAGCCGUGCGACAUCCAUGGCACUCUACGGGCGCCUGAUCAAGAGUACAACCAUUGCAUUUCAAGCACGUAAAUGUUAUGCGAAAUGCCUUCAACUUCAAAAGGACAGCUGUCGAAUCGAUGCAACAGGGGUGCAAAAGUCGCCGAAUUCGUCGUCCCUGGCAUCGAUCGCGGCGACUUGCCUUCUGGCCGUCUUUGAAUCCACAGCGUCCACUACCCCAGACGGAUGGGUGCACCAUUUCUCUGCUGCAAUAAGGAUGUUGCUCCUGAAGGGCCCCAUUGCCUGCCAAAGGGGAUUGGCCAAUCAACUUUUCCGGUCUUUAAGACUGGCCUCGCCCGAGUGGCAUAAUUUGCCUUUCGUGGCCUGCCAGAAGUCAUACCUAGACGACCUUGUCGACAUUCUUGUACAACUACCUUCUUGUUCUUUCAAGGUGCAUAAAUGGAAGAAGGAUAAAUCGCUGAGAGAGUCCGCCGAUCUGAGGAGGCAGAUCCUGGAGCAGACGGAUUCACUAUUGCUGCGCCUAGAUUUGUUUUCGGAAUUAUACGAUAUCGAACGCUUGACCACAGCUUUUCAGGCCAGUUUUGUGGCAUUUUUUCAUUCAGCAUGUCUAAUUUGCUUGAAUUAUCAUAGUGUGGUCGCGUCGGUGAGCAUGACGGAGACGUCAAGGAUGGAAGAGCAUGCAGAGAUGAUUCUGAAGUGUGCAUCUUACCAUAAGGAAGCCGGAAUACACUCGGGGGGUUCAUUCAACAUGUCAUUUCCCUUGAAGAUUGCGAGCCUCAUGCCUCCUUCUGAGGACAUCAGAGAACGAGCACAAGAUAUGAUCUCGAGUUGGGGAGAUCAGAGAGGUCUCAUGGAUUUGUUCCAAGCAGCUUACCCUUUAUGUACGUAG